AAUUGUUCCACUAUUCCAAUUCACUAUUCGUGUCGCGUCUCGUUUCGUUCGAUGGGAGAUUUCGAUUUCUAGCCAGGUCAUCAUCUACCUCAACUACCUCAAUAGCAACAGACUCAGACGAAGCUAAUACCAACUAUCUACUUACUAAUUCACCACGUUCUUUACCUAAACCUAAAAUCUAUUCGUUUACCAUCUUAUAACCGACAAUGCUCGGCACUCUCGUCGGUUUAGCCAUGCUGGUGGCCGCCUCCGUCGUCUUUCUCUACUAUUCGAUCUGGACGUUGGCUAUGCCCUUCGUCGAUUCAGACCACCCUCUCCACAACUUCUUCCCGCCGCGGGUCUGGGCUAUUCGUUUACCCGUUAUCCUCAUCCUACUCGGAUGCGCCGUUGUUGGCUCCUUCCUGAGCGUCGUCAUGAUCCGUAGCAACAGGAAAAAGGCUGCUAAGGCUAAGGCCGCAGCAUCUAAGAAGAAGGCGUAGAUGGUAUUUGGCUUCGAAAAUUCGGAAAACAUUUACUUGACAUACACGGAGAAAUUGGGCAAAGUUAGACUUAAUUGGACUCUAAUUAUGACAUUGCAAGUGUUGCCCCUGAGCCAGCUGGCCGAUCUAUGUCGCCAAAUCUACAUAAUAAACCCCUAAUGGUAAAAAAUGAACAAUGAUCAAUACAGUUCACGUCCUGGAAGAUGAAUGCCAGAGGUGAUUUGACGGUAUCUAAUUGAGUUGCGUUCUCAA